AUGGCGUUUCCAAUUUACCAUACUGUAAAGAAAAGGGAAAUCGAGGAAGAGGAUACAGUAUCUGGAAUAGGAACUGUAAUUGCGUUCUUUCACCCAACAAGUGAGUAGUAUUACAGCUGAUUUUACUAAGUUCAGAUAAUGUGUUAAAUAGUUAUUAAUUUAAAAAAAUGUACAAACAUAGUUAACUGUUUUAAAAACUUUGGCUUUCUUAUCUAAUAAUCCAAAGCUCACAUAGAUCCUAUUCCAGAAUUAUUGUCUUUUUUUAAAUUUACAUAAUAACAAAAAAAUCCAGAUUCCAUGAAUGAAACAUAACCAGCUCAUUUAAUUAGACAACCUCACAUACUAUAGGUGGAACAGUCAGGAGCAGAGAAGUAAACAUUGUUUAAAUAAAGAUAGUUUUGAGAGGCAAAUUAAAAAUAUAUAUAUAUAUCAUUUUUAUGAAUGGACACAAAGUCAUGCUCAUUGACACACACACAUACACACUGGUAGUGCCAGUUUCACGUUUACUUGAAGCAUAUAUGCAUUUAUUCACUAAAACGAGAUUUAAAGGUCAAAGUAUCCAAACUGGAAGCAUAACUGAUUUCGAGAUUUUUUUUCCAUUUCAGCAAUGUUGGCCUUAAGUUUAAAAUUCACUUUGAUUUCUUAUUUCAGUGAAUAACCCUGAUAAUGACACAGAUAUGUAUGUUAUCUCAACGCAGACUUGCAUUUCAGCUAAUCUGAAUACUAAGCCGCCCAACCAUUCACUGGAGCCUUGAACAUUUGGUGUGAGUUAACCUUUGGGAUGACCAUGAGCCCAGCUCCCCAUCUAGCAUCUUGAGUCCAUGUGUCUGCAAGAGUUAACUGUUCUGCCAGAAACUAACAUUUAUUUUUCAGGCGCUGCACUGGCGUACCCAGGGUUAACCCCUUGCUCUCCACUGCUGUCUCUGCAAAUCAUCAGGAAGGAAGAGAAGAUGAAAUAAUCCUGUUAAAAAUCAAAGCUCUAUACUAAUCCCACUGCCAUUUUUAAAGGCUGACAUGCACAUUAUUUCAGUUUAAACAUACAUUUUUUAAAUUUGUUUUUAAGAAUGCAAUCAUUUCUCACCGCAAACAACUAUGGUUAGCAGAAUCAAUCAAAUGUGGUAGAAGUGAACAGUUACAUUAAUUGUUGAACAUUUGUUCUAGCUAUGGGUUCCUUUAAGCCAUAUAUUGAAAUGUUACUUUAGAGUUAGUGAUGUCCUGAACGGUUCGCCGAAACGGUUCGCCACGAACGGUUCGCCGCGGACUCAUCAUUGAGUAAACUUUGACCCUGUACCUCACAGUCAGCAGACACAUUCCAGCCAAUCAGCAGCAAACCCUCCCUCCCAGACCCUCCCACCUCCUGGACAGCAUCCAUUUUGAAGCUGCAUUCUUAGUGAGCUGUCCAGGAGGUGGGAGGGUCUGGAAAGGAAGGGUCUGCUGCUGAUUGGCUGGAAUGUGUCUGCUGACUGUGAGGUACAGGGUCAAAGUUUACUCAAUGAUGAGUCCGUGGCGAACAGUUCGUGGCGAACCGUUCACGAACCGUUCGGCAAACCGUUCGGGACAUCACUAUUUAGAGUACAUAAUUUAUAAUAUAAUGAUGCGAUUCUAAAUUCUCUUUUAUUGUAAUCCCAACAGCAUGCAGCCUGAGGGGCAAAACUAAAGAGGCGUGCAAAAAGGGCAUAGAAGAAAAUUCAACCAUUUGCGCUAUGAUCAACUGUUGCCCUUCGAACAGAGGCAUUGUCUGCUUCGAGCCUGUGUACGACAGUACGUAUUAAUAUAUACAUGGCAAAUUUCAUGGAACUUAAAUAGUUUUAGAAACAUUGCACAGUGAAGGGAAAAGAAUCCUCAACAAUCAGGACCAAUACAAACCAUUGUGUGGAAAUCUAUUCACAAACCGGACUUUACAUAGGACACGAGGCCAUGCGUUUAGACUGGAAGAAAGAAGAUUUUAUCUAAGGCAAAGGAAAGGUUUUUUUACUGUAAGAACAACAAGGAUGUGGAAUUCUCUGCCUGAAGAAGUGGUUUUAUCAGAGUCCAUACAGAUUUUCAAACAGCUACUAGAUGCAUACUUGCAAAAACAGAAUAUUCAAGGAUAUACUCUUUCAGUGUAGGGUAAUAACUGCUUGAUCCAAGGAUAAAUCUGACUGCUAUUCUGGGGUCAUGAAGGAAUUUUUUUCCUAGCUUGCUGCAAAAUUGGAAGUGCUUCAAACUGUUUUUUUUUUGCCUUCUUUUGGAUCAACAGCAAAAAACAAAUGUGAGGAAGGCUGAACUUGAUGGACACAAGUCUCUUUUCAGCUAUGUAACUAUGUAACUAUGUAGCUUUCAGUUACAAGUGCAAUUAUUUAUGUAGCGCCAACAUAUUUUGCAGCGCCGUACAAUAGGUAACAUUGUACAACAAUCGGACAACAAUCAACAAUCGGACAGUACCUCUCAACAAUCAGUUUUCCUUUUGGUGUCUUGGAAAAAUGGGUAAUUCGAGGAAAAAAAAAUGAAAUUAAGUUGCACUAUCUUUGCAUAACAACUCAAUUACUGCUAUGUUGUUAAAUACUUUGUUAUAUUCUGCUAAUGUAUAUGAUGUGCAAGGAAAUAUUGCCAAUUCGAAAGCCAUUGUAGGAGCAGUUUGUCAAUGGAAAUUGCGUGGAUCUUUGCUAUAUUUCAUAUACCUUACAGCAGGUGUGCCCAAAACGUAGAUCCCCAGAUGUUGUAGAAUUACAACUCCCAUGAUGCCUCUAGAAUGCCAAAGCAUCAUGGGAGUAGUAGUUUAUACCUUUGUGAAAUAUUAUGGACUUCACCUCUGAGCUAAUCUACACAAUCUUCAAGCUAUUUCUAGUUGUACAACACCAAUUCAUGAUCACUUUGGGUCAAUUAGGACAUGUCUUCAAUGUUAGGAUGUUAUGUUACAGUGCUUCCUGUCCAUUUAACCAAAAAUUUAAAAUUGUAGGUGAAUUGCAAAAAUGUAUGUAUAGCAGAUGAUGCUGAGAAAAACAAUCCAUUUUGUCCGCUUACUAAAUACUAUCUAGUACAGGGCUGUCCAAACUGCGGCCCCCCAGAUGUGGCUGAACUACAACUCCCAUGAUUCCCUGGCUAUCUGUUUCCUUGAAAGAAUCAUGGGAGUUGUAGUUCAGCAACAUCUGGGGGGCCACAGGUUGGACAGGCCUGAUCUAGUAGGUAAUUUGAUCAUUGUGCCCAACUUUGCGUAUUCCAUCUCAUAACGUUUGGAUGAGUUAGAGAAAGUUUUAUGAGAAUUGGAGCAGUUCUGCUCUUUACAAACAACAAACACCUGUCCUCUGUCCAAUGAUAAAAAGAACAGAUAUCUGAUGCAACGUAAACUACAGCUGAACUAAAUAAAGCAGAAAUACGAGAUAUGAGAGCCCCAAAUGACUAACCAGCAGUGGUGACUCUAGGAACAACAUAAAGGGGGGCACAUAAGGAACCACAGGGAAACCGGGGGGAGGGCACUAAUAUUUUCCACUGGGGGGGCAGGGUAACGUCCUGCCAUUGGCUAUCAGGAGUCAACAUGCUGUAUGCUGGCGUCAGGUACAGAAUUCACAUUAGCCACCUGGAAAUCUAUAUAGAUCUCUUAAUUUUGAUCUUUUAGGUCUUUAGUAGAUAACUCUCUUGUUAGCUAUCCUUAUGUGGGAUUGCCAUAUUUAAAGAUACCAAAAUAGGGAGCUAAUAAACACAAACACAUUCUCAUGCACACACAAACACACAAUCACAAACGCUCACACGAUCACAGACAUACACACAUACAAUCACAGACAUACACACACGUAAUCAUACACACACACACAAUCACAGACAUACACACAUACAAUCACAGACAUACACACACAUAAUACACAUACAAUCACAGACAUACACACACGCAUAAUCAUACACAUACACACACACAAACACACACAAUCAAUCACAGACAUACACAAUCACAGACAUGGAAAAAUAAGCAAAGAAAAUGAAGAGGAAACAUAUAUUCUGCAUGAUCUGUUUGUUAUGCAACAUUUUUCAUAUAGACUUUUAAUGACUUAAUCUAUAUAUCGUUUGCAUCGCUUACAGGUGCUAUGUUCAUGCUCCGUAUAUCCGGCACGAUAGUGGUUUCAAUGAUUUUAAUGGUCGCCCUCGUUCUUAUCUGCUGCUUCUUUAUCAAAUUCACGUAAGUCAAUGCUUUACAUUUACUUGCUGCACAGCAAUCAACUCAAUAGCAAGCUUUACACGAGUGGUUUACAGGCAUUUAAAUAUGAACACAUUUUCAAGGAACAGAAAUCAUCACUUUAAUGGCCUAUAAAACUAAUCAUUCAAACUGAUUAGUCAUCAUGCCCUAUCUGCAAGAUCCUACCUGUGAUCCUGUUAACCGUGGCACACUGAAAACCCCAUGUGCAACAUUUAAGUUAAAAUUGUUGUGUUUUUGCAGUAUAGCGAGUGAGGAUAAAGUUGGCAGUUUGAUUUUCAGUUUUAUUUAUUGAGUAAAAUGGAAAAUACUUUAGAUGUUAUAUAACUGAAUGCUUACUUAUGUAUUGUGUUCUAUUGCAGUCCAUUUUACAGGUGUUUCACUGGUGAACCAGAUAGAGUAAAAAAAGCCAAGAGAAAGAAAAGAGAGAGGCUUGAUAUCGGGAAUUCUAUGUUAGAUAUGAUCCAAAGUGACGCAGAUGCAGGAAAUGAGGAGUCAGAAGCUCUUCUUCAAAUGCUGAUUGCAGCCGUAGAUAAAUCAGAUGUAGACAAAAGGUAAAAAUCACACGCAAGAGAGUACGACACAGAUGUUUAUGGUGGAUUUGGCGAGCAUGCAAGAGCUCCAUAGAUCAUGUCUCAUGAUGAGACAUUCCAAGACAUUCCAAGAGCAUGACGGAAUGAAUCUUCAUAAAAUAUCUUUUGGUAACACAACUGCUUUAUUGAGGCUUGCACUAAGCAAGAGAGCAGAAACACAGGGGACAGAGCUGGCCAGUCAGGGGAGGGAAUGGCGACUUUUGGCCGCAAGGUCAAGUACACAUUUAUAUCAUGUUUCUUAAAGAUCUUUGAGUCAAUAGUCAUCUAUCAGUCAUGUAUAGAUUUGACAGACAGAGGCUGCUGGAGAUGUGACCGUGUGACAUCAUAUAUAUCCCCUUGUAACAGUGUGACCUGAACAACACGAAAGUGCAUUCAUAGAAGUUUGUAUCGACCUAAGAAACACAGGCUCGGUUUCUCUCUGACUGCAUGGCCACCAAUCUCAUUUAACCCUGUGAUCACUUGAAAUAUUUCCAGGCACAUUAUCCAUACUCUGUGUAGACCAGCAGCUUCAAUCCAACAAACCUCCCACUAUUUUUUUCAUUUUCAGAAUAAUGGUUUGAGGCUGUAGCCUUUGCUAUCACUCUCAUGCUAGUGCAACAAGUGAAUUUAACACUACCUAAACUUUAACACCACCUUUCUAAAAGCCCAUGCCAAAAGACAAGCGUUGAAGUAGAACCAAAAUGAUAAUGUUUAACUACUGCCUACUCUCUUACUCAAACUCAACUUAAAGUUUGAGCCACUGAUGGGGGUAUAUUUAAAAAGAAAUACCACAGUAUGUAUGUAUCUAUUUAUAUAUUGAUUUGAUUUUGCAGGGCGCCUAAACCCGAAUUGCCCCCAGAACUUAACGACAUGUUAAAGAGGACACUGGCUGGAGGUAAAAGCAAGAGCCCAAAAGCAUCCGGAAAAGUGGAUUUCGAUUGA